AAUGUCAGGAUAAGAUGAUCCAGAUUAUGAACCAGGUAAUGGAAGGAAAUUUACUUUCAAAGAAUUUAGUUAAGAUGCUUUAGAAUAAUUGGCUAUAGCUAAAAACUUUGAUAAAUUGUAUAAAUUAGCAGAAAAAGCACCUUAACAUACACUAACUUAUGAGAAACUAAAGUUUAAUGAUGAAAUCUAUAAGACAGGAGAAUCAAUACUAAUAAAUGUCAAAAAUUUUGAGUUUAUAGCAACAAUAAAAAAAAUAAUUAGUAUAAAAUCCUAAAAAAAUGAUCAAGAACUACCUUUAGUCAUAAUCAACUUAUAUUGUAAUAAAGACAAAAUUGCAUCCUAAUAUUAAGAAUAAAAAGAAUAUAUGGGAAUGUCUGAAUUAUUUUUGACUGAAGAAGAACAUGCAAUUUUAGUUGAUGCAAUAUAAUCUAAAGUUCUAGUUUUAAGUUAUGAAAAUUAUGAAUAGUAUGAAUUUAAAGAUGCUGUAUAUUUUACUAGAGCAUUUUAUAAUACAAAAAGUGAAGAAUUCUUACCAGAAAUAAGUAAAUGGCCAAAGGUUUGUUAUUGUAAAAAACCAUAAAAUCCUGAUUUACCAUAUGUAUUUUGUGAUAUGUGUAAUUAAUGGAUACAUCUUAAAUGUGAAGGAUUAACAGAAGAAUAAGUUUAAAAUAUAGAAUCAUUUAUAUGCACAUAUUGUAAAGGAAAAUGA